AUGCCCGCUCAUGAGCCGCUGCAGCGCCUCCUGCUGUGCUGCUGCCCGCGACUGCAGCUCCACUUCGUGAUGGUGCUGCAGCUCCGCGAGCUCGAGGCUGUGCUUCGCCCCCGCGUUGUCGAGCGCCCGCUUCUGCUCCUCCACGACGCCCGUCAACUGCUCUACACGGCGUGCGAGGCGCGCCACCUCCUUCUCCAGCAGCCCCACACGCGGCACCGCCUCGGCGGCCUCGCGCGUCUUUUGCUGCAGCUCCUCCUCGAGGCGGUUGCAGCGUGCCGCCAGCUGCUCGUACCGCUGCAGCGAAACGCCGUCGUGUGA